AUGCCUUCAGCUUCACAAAGAUACCGUUCUACACGGUCGCGGGAGUCACAAUCAAAGCCUUUCGAAUAUGCUGUUAUUCGGGGUCUUGCUGAGGAUGGAGGAUUGUUCGUUCCUUCUCAAAUCCCUCAUGUUCCUAGUGACUUCAUUAAGCAAUGGGCCAACCUCUCAUUCCAGGAGCUAGCCUUCAAAGUGAUGCGUCUCUAUGUGAGCCGGGAAGAGAUUCCCGACACUGAUUUGGCAGAAUUGAUCUCUAAGUCGUACUCAAAGUUCCGUUCACCUGAGAUCACACCAUUGGUCAAGAUCGACUCUCAGCAAAACCUUUACCUAUUGGAGUUGUUCCACGGCCCAACGUAUGCCUUCAAGGAUGUGGCUCUUCAGUUUUUGGGUAACUUAUUUGAGUAUUUCCUAUUGAAGAAGAACAGUAAGAAGGCUGCCGGUGUUACUCACGAUAGAAUCACCGUUGUUGGUGCUACCUCCGGUGAUACAGGCUCUGCUGCCAUUUAUGGUCUUCGUAACAAAAAGGACGUAUCUGUGUUUAUUCUCUAUCCAACAGGUCGCGUGUCUCCUCUUCAGGAACAACAGAUGACCACCGUUCAGGAUGCAAACAUUCAUACGUUGUCUGUUAAGGGUACGUUCGAUGACUGCCAGUCUCUUGUGAAGCAGGUGUUCAACGAUGUAAAGUUCAAUGAUAAGUACCACGUUGGUGCCGUUAACUCUAUCAACUGGGCACGUAUUCUUGCCCAGAUUACCUACUAUUAUCACGGUUACUUCCAACUUUUAAGACAAGUUCCGGAGGCACAGAAAAGCGGCUUGAAAGUUAAGUUCGUCGUGCCAAGUGGUAAUUUUGGUGAUAUUCUUGCUGGUUAUUAUGCUAAGCAAAUGGGCUUACCUGUGGAACAGCUAGUUGUCGCUACCAACGAAAAUGAUAUUCUUAAUAGAUUUCUCAGAACUGGUACCUAUGAUAAAGCACCUGUUAAGGUUACCUAUUCUCCGGCAAUGGAUAUCUGUGUCUCUUCAAACUUUGAGAGAUUCUUGUGGUAUAUGGUUAGAGAUACUGUUGCCUCUAAAGAUGAUAGAGAGGCCGGCAGUAUAAUGAACCAGUUCAUGAACGAGCUCUCUUCUAAAGGUGCCUUCAGGGUGGCUGAGGAGACUUUGAGACUCGCCCAGUCGUUUUUGUUAUCGGGCUCUGUCAGUAAUGACGAAACUGUUCGUACUAUACGGUCUACCUACCAGAAUACUUCCAACCACUACAUUUUGGACCCACAUUCUGCUGUUGGUAUCUCCGUUGCUGAACGUAUUAUAGCAGAAGAUGGUGAGGAUACUGCAAUUAAUUACAUCUCUCUAUCUACGGCUCAUCCUGCCAAAUUCUCAGAGGUGGUUAACAAGGCGUUGGGUGAUAUUACCGGCUAUUCCUUCGAGAAAGACGUUCUCCCUCACGACUUGAAGAAGUUGGCAACUUUGCCUAAAAAAAUUAAGGAGAUCGACAUUCCAGAAUUGAAGGUUAUUGAGGCUGCCAUCGAAGAGGAAUUGGUUACGGAAUAA